GUCACUCCGCGUUCUCCAUCGCUUCAUGAUUAAAAAUGGACAACGCCGAACAAAAGUGGUUGACCACAUUUGUACUGCCAAGAAUUGCUAAAAUUACUGGCAAGUCGUGUGAAAACGCCACCUUGGAAAUCCGAGUGCCACAGGAUAGUUUCUUCAUAUCCGCUGUGUAUUUCGCUAAAAUAAAAUUCGGAAAUGAAUCGAUUUCUGUAGUGAUAAAGAAACCAAUAUUUUUAAAAGAGGCAGCUAUCGAAAUGCACAGCUCUGAACUAUUUCAUAACGAAAUAUUAUUUUACAAUGAAGUGGCAUCCACUAGUGGAAGAUAUCCUCGAUGUUUUUACUCUCACGAAGACCUUGAGAAUCCUGAGAUGUCGUCUAUCGUCACGGAAAAUGUUGAAACAAUGGGUUUUAAAUUGUGCCCAGAAGCCUCGGAAAUUCCAAUGAAGUAUAUUAUCGCGGGAGUUCGCGAAAUGGCUAAAUUCCAUGCUAUCGGUUACGCAAUGAAACACAAUAAUCCGACUAAGUUUUAUGGAAUUGUUGAAAGAAUCCAGGAGACGAGAUAUACGUUAGGAGAAUGGAAUGAAGCUUUAGUGAAUGUAGUCGCAGCGAGACCCAUUAAGUAUUUGCACAAGGAACAUUACGAUCCAGAAUUCUGCGUUAAAAUGGAGAAACACCUAGAGUUUGCAUUUGAAACAAUUAUGUUAGAGGCUGUUAAGCCUUGUGAACCAUUGGCGGUGUUAUGCCAUGGUGACUACACAAGAAAUAACAUAUUCUAUCGAGAAACUGAAACUGGAUUGGAGGCUAUAUUGAUUGAUUUUGCAAUGCUGAGAUAUUCAUCACCAGCGAUCGAUUUAUCAACUUUUCUUUACAUAAGCUGCUCAGCGAAAAACAUCUGUGAAAAUUUCGAUGAGAUAUUCCAUGCCUAUCAUGAUGAAUUGAUCGAUUAUUUGCGGGAGCAGGGAAUCCAAGCGGUCGAUUGUUACUCAUACGAUAAGGUCCUCGCAGAUUAUAAAAAACGAGCAAUGUUUGGCUAUAUCAUUGCUCUAUUUUUCAUUCCGUUGCAGCGUGGCUUCAUUAAUGUCGAUCCAACUACCAUAGGGACAGAUCAACUUCUUACAUUCUAUCAGAAUGUUAUGGAAGCCGGAGGCGAUCAGCUGUCGAAGGAGUUCGCUAAUCUUUUGAUUAAUUUACGAAGCAACGGCUGUUUUGAUCAUGUACUGUCGCCAUAAAUAAGUUUUUUUUUUCAAUGGCCUCGACUUUGCGGAUUGAUUGGAAAUAUUUAUUGUUGUUAGAUAGAGGAAUAUUUUCUCGUCUACAGACUCUUGUAUGUGAAUUGACGUUUCAGACAUAAAGAAAUCUGAAUUUGCACACUCAUCGCGGAAAUUCAGCAUCAAACGCAAUUGACAAUUCGAUAGACGGAAAAUCAUCGAAUGACGAAGCAUUUCAAUUCUACAACAAUCGAGGAAACACUCCACCUGGCUAUUUUUUGAUUGUUUCAGAUAAUUUUCUAAGAGGGCCGUCGUCGGCAACAGAAGUUUUCAGUCUUCAAUCACUUAUCUUGCGUGCAGGAGAUUGAUAUCAGUCUUCGACACAGAUGGUAAUCAACAAUUUUUUCUUAAUCUCAAGAACAACUUCUGUUUAACAUAUUUAAUUGACUGGGACAUCGAUGUGCAUUAUAUUUGAACGAUAUAAUCCGGUUUUUAAUCGACUAAGACCAAGUGCUAUGAUGAAUUUGAAACGUAUGAAACCUCGUGAUAAUAUCAUCAAACCCGAUCGACGAGGCAGAAACGAAGAAUGUAAUAAAAUCGAAGAGCAAACACAUUGACGGUGUUAGUUUGCUGUAGGUGAUAAAAUA